ACAGCCAACCAAGUCAACCCCAACCCAAGCCCCCGAAGGGCUGCGUUCUCGCCUUCCUCAGAGCAGGGCAUGGCAUCGAACAGCAUCUUCGAGUCCUUCCCGACCUACGCACCGGCCUUCAUCCGUGACCCAAGCACCAGCCGCCGCUUCACACCUCCCUCCACGGCCUUCCCCUGCGGCGGCGGCAAAAUGGGCGAGAACAGCGGCGCGCUGAGCGCGCAGGCGGCCGUAGGGGCCGGCGGGCGCGCCCGGCCCGAGGUGCGUUCGGUGGUGGACGUGCUGGCGGACCACGCGGGCGAGCUCGUGCGCACCGACAGCCCCAACUUCCUCUGCUCCGUGCUGCCCUCGCACUGGCGCUGCAACAAGACCCUGCCUGUCGCCUUCAAGGUGGUGGCGCUGGGGGAUGUGCCGGACGGGACGGUGGUGACGGUUAUGGCUGGCAACGAUGAGAACUAUUCGGCUGAGCUGCGCAAUGCCUCGGCCGUCAUGAAGAACCAGGUGGCCAGGUUCAACGACCUUCGCUUCGUGGGCCGCAGCGGGCGAGGGAAGAGUUUCACGCUGACCAUCACUGUCUUCACCAACCCCACCCAAGUGGCCACUUACCACCGAGCCAUCAAGGUGACUGUGGAUGGACCCCGGGAGCCCAGACGGCACCGGCAGAAGCUGGAGGACCAGACCAAGGCAUUCCCCGACCGCUUUGGGGACCUGGAGCGGCUGCGCAUGCGCGUAACGCCGAGCACGCCCAGCCCCCGUGGCUCGCUCAGCACCACCGGCCACUUCAGCAGCCAGACCCAGACGCCCAUCCAAGGCACCCCGGACCUGAACCCUUUCUCCGACCCCCGCCAGUUUGACCGCUCCUUCCCAGCCCUGCCAACCCUCGCGGAGAGCCGCUUCCCCGACCCGAGGAUGCAUUACCCGGGGGCCAUGUCGGCCGCCUUCCCCUACAGCGCCACGCCCUCGGGCACCAGCAUCGGUGGCCUCAACGUGGCGGGCAUGCCCUCCGCCAGCCGCUUCCACCACACCUACCUCCCGCCGCCCUACCCCGGGGCCCCGCAGAACCAGAGUGGGCCCUUCCAGGCCAACCCGUCGCCCUACCACCUCUACUACGGCGCGUCCUCCGGCUCCUACCAGUUCUCCAUGGUGGCCGGCAGCAGCGGCGGAGGCGACCGCUCGCCCACCCGCAUGCUCGCCUCCUGCACCAGCAGCGCCGCCUCCGUUGCCGCCGGCAACCUCAUGAACCCCAGCCUGGGCAGCCAGAGUGACGGCGUGGAGGCCGACGGCAGUCACAGCAACUCGCCCACGGCCCUGAGCACGCCAGGCCGCAUGGACGAGGCUGUGUGGCGGCCCUACUGACCGCCCGGCUCGGAGCGGACUUCCGCUGGAGGUGGGUGGGGACCCCAAGAACCUUCCCAAAGAGUGACGUGCCCUGCUCCGAGGCUCCAGACAGGAGUGGGUUUUAUGCUCUGGAGAACUCACGGUCCUGGGGUCUGCAGUCCUAAUGUCCAGAGCUGGUGGGUGGCUCUGAGGGCAGCUGGUCCAGCCACAUCUUUGUACAGAGGUGGGGACCUCACCCCCAGGACCCUGCGCCCAGCCCGAUCCCAGUCAUCUCAUCCCACAAUCCUGUGGGAAAUGUGUUCUCCUGCAACCCUCCCUGGAAUGACCUUGCUGUCCCCAGCUGUGCCUCAGGUCUCCUGGGACAGGGACCAUCUCUGUUCCAGGGAGAGGCAGCAUUGGCCACUGGGUCUCUGGGACUGGCCUCCCAGCCCCUCCACCUUCCUCAGAGGUUCUGCACCCCAUGGUCCCAUCCCUCCUCUGCAUUUACACCCACUGAGUCAGAACUGGAAAGCCCCCACCCUGAGAGGGGUUCCCCUCAUUGCAUAGGUGCGGCAGGGACCCAUCCAGAGGACCCAGGAGAUGGAUGGGAGGGAUGGGAUGAGAACACACCCAAGCCAGUCCCCCAGCCCUGCUUCCCCAUAAUUCCUAGCAGCUACGCAGCCCCUGCCCCAUCCCAGCUGCCUGUGGGUCCCAGGCCCCAGAGUAGAUUAACCUAUGGCAGCACGUCCCUAAAACCAGGGAAGGCACCCACAGCCUGCACUUUUACCAGCCCAAGGCAUUUGCCCUCCCUUCUCCCAGUGGGAGCCAAGGGACCCCUCCUCCCCUAGGCUGGCGUUGUAAUUUCCAGUAUUGGAGAGAAUACCGGGACCAGAUCGGUCUUAGGAGAAAGCAUCGGGGUGAGGGGUCAAAGGGUCAGACAUCAGCAUUCUGUCCCACCAGGUCCAGCCAAACUGUGCCCCCCUACCUACCCCCAGCCAAGUCUUCCAACACACAACUCUCCAUCAACUGGUUUGUGUUCCAAAAGCAGACAGUCUUGAAACCAAGCCAGUUUUUAAAAGCUGAUUUUCGAAAAGUUUCAUCAAGCAUUUUCAAACACAGUCUCUUGCAGGCCAAGCCCCACAAGAGUAAACAGCCCCACCCACUCCGUCCUCCCUCUGCCACCUUCUCAGGCUACGGGAUUGUUGGGGUCUCAGUGCCGCCUCGGGGCCAUACCACGUCAGCAGCAUCCCACCAGCCUACCCCGAGGGCUGACCCAGGAGGGGACCAGGGAGAUACUGGUGGAAUGCUGGAAUCUCCCACCUGUGGCUCUUGAACAUUUGUCCAAGAGGAUGUGACGGUGUUCUCGCAGGGGUGGGUGGGACGGGAGAGUUAGAGAGCAGAGUUGGAGAGCCGGGCCCGGAGGUAAAGCGUUGUCCCUUCACUCUCUGCAGACGGGAAAGCAGGCCUUGCCCAAGGGCCAAGCUGCAUGGAUUCGCACAUCUAUAAGUGCUUUAGUUCUAGAAGGCUGAAGUGGAAAAGGACAAGAAAACUGUUACGAGGGCUAGCCAGCAUGGUUUCAGCCACGUUUCUGUGGAAGUGGAAAUCUCUCUUGUAAAUUGCUCCUUAGUGGUGGCUGUCUGAUGGCACCUGGCCUGCUGUGUCACCCCCAACCUGUAACAACAGCCAGAUGCACCAGACAGCAGAGAUGCUUCCAGCAGUUUAGGAAGCUAAUGAUCCCAUUUGAACCCCUCCUGCUGCAGUUUCCCUUGCCUGCCCUCAGUGGAGAAAGCAGCGUCCACCUCUUCAAAAUAGCUGUGCCCACACCUAGGGGGUCUCUCCACCCCUUCUCAGGAAGCAGCUGCGAAUCCAUUGCCCUUGUACCUUCUUUGUUCCUCUUCUCUGUGGUUGUAGGCUGGCCCCAGGCCAGCAUGGGAGGCACCUUUGGGUUCCCAGUACCCGGCACUUUGUAGCCCCACCCUGGACUUCUACCCUUUCCUGAUACCCAACUGUUCGGAACAGAGAGAAAAUAAACUGAUUCCCCUUCCUC